AUGAAGAAAGCUACUUCCUUCAAAAUAAUAUCACUAUUAUGUUUACUAGUAGUAAUACCUACAUUGACAGCACCUGCUGAAACAGUUAUUGGUAUUGAUUUAGGUACGACAUAUUCUUGUGUUGGAGUAUACUUAAAUGGAAGAGUUGAAAUUUUGGCCAAUGACCAAGGAAAUCGUAUCACACCUUCUUAUGUUGCCUUCACAAAUGAAGAACGUUUAAUUGGUGAUGGAGCAAAAAAUCAAGCUGCUAAUAACCCUGAAAAUACCAUAUUUGAUGUUAAACGUUUAAUGGGGAGAAGAUUUUCUGAUAAAGAAGUACAAAGUGAUAUUAAACAUUUUCCAUUUAAAGUUAUUGAUAAAGAUGGAAAACCUAUAAUUUCCGUUAUGUAUAAAGGCAGUGAAAAACUUUUUACACCAGAAGAAAUUUCUGCAAUGAUUUUACUUAAGAUGAAGGAAAUUGCUGAAUCAUUUUUAGGAAACAAGGUUACUCAUGCUGUUGUCACAGUUCCAGCAUAUUUUAAUAAUGCUCAACGUCAAGCAACAAAAGAUGCAGGUAAAAUUGCAGACCUUGAUGUUCGUAUUGUGAGCGAACCAACAGCUGCUGCAAUUGCCUAUGGUUAUUCAAGAUCUAGGGGUGAAUGUAAAAUUCUUGUCUAUGAUCUUGGUGGUGGUACUUUUGAUGUCUCUUUAUUACAUAUUGAUGAUGGUGUAUUUAAAGUUUUGGCAACUGCUGGUGAUACUCAUCUGGGUGGCGAAGAUUUUGAUAAUAGAGUUAUUAAAUAUUUUGUUGAAUUAUACAAAGAGAAAUACAAUGUUGAUGUUACUAAAAAUUUAAAAGCAAUAAGUAGAUUAAAACGUGAGGUUGAAAAGGCCAAACGUAUGUUAUCAUCUCAAGCGUCAGUUCGUAUUGAGAUUGAAUCAUUCUAUGAUAAUAAAGAUUUCUCUGAAAUUUUGACCAGAGCAAAGUUCGAAGAUUUAAAUCAUGAUCUUUUUAUAAAGACAUUGACACCUGUUAAACAGGUUUUAGAGGAUGCCAAUGUUAAGAAAUCAUCAGUUCAUGAUAUUGUUUUAGUUGGUGGAUCUACACGUAUUCUAAAAGUUCAACAACUUCUUAAAGAGUUCUUUGAUGGUAAAAAAGUCAUAAAAACCAUAAACCCUGAUGAAGCUGUUGCCUAUGGUGCAGCUAUUCAAGGUGGUAUCUUCUCUGGUGCAGAAAAAGUUAAAAAUAUUAUUUUGGUUAAUGUUUGUCCUUUAACUCUUGGAAUUGAAACUACUAAUAAUGUAAUGACAGCUGUGAUUCCUCGUAAUCAUAUUAUUCCAACUAAAAAAUCAAAAACUUUCACUACAGGUGCUGAUGAUCAAACUAUACUAAAUUUCAAAGUAUUUGAAGGUGAACGUCUUUUGACCGAAGAUAAUAAUUUUCUUGGCAGUUUUAAGUUAGCAGGAAUUCUACCAGCACCACGUAGUGUACCUAAAAUUGAAGUUACUUUUGAAAUUGAUGUUGAAGGAAUCUUGAAAGUUUCUGCAGUUGAUGUAGACACAGGAAACUCAGAAUCUAUAACAAUCACAGAUGAUAAAAGACAACUAUCAAUAGAAGAAAUAGAACGUAUGAUUAAAGAAGCCAAACAAUUUGCUAGAGAAGAUAGGAUUCAAAAAGAGAGAAUUGAUGCAAAAAAUGAACUUGAUAAUUAUAUUUAUUCCAUCAAGGGUCUGUUAGGAAAGAAAUUCAGUCAUAACGAUGAGAAAAUCAUCAAAGAUGCAGUCAAGAAAACUCGUGAUUGGCUUGAUUAUUUUUCAAAUUCAGCUACUAAAGAAGAUUUCGAUAAAAAAUUAAAUGAAUUGAAGACCGUUCUGCAUUCAAUUACUACGAAAAUGUAUUCACAUGAUGAAUUAUAA